UCGAAACCCGUUCAACAUCGCCAACCCAAACCCUACAACCCAAAUCCUCUCUCAACUCCCAACCCUCACGAUCCGACCCCCCUUCCAACCCUAGCGUUCUCGGUUUCCUCCGAUCCCUCGCUUUGCAUGCAGCUUUCUCCAACCUGCUCGAACCCUCGUCGGACACCGCCGUUGCUCUUCAACCCGCAUCCAACCCUCGUCGUAGCGGGGCCGUGUUCAAGUAGUUUGUCGCCGGGCCCACGCCUGUACAGUUUGACCCUCGUCGAAAUAGUUCGUCGUUGAUCUUAUCUCAGAUCCAUCUUAAAGCAUUCGGAUAUAUCAAGAUCUGUAUAGUUGUCACCUUUCCUGAAGAAAGGAAUUUUCAUACUUGCUGAAGUUAAUGAAUGUAUCAGGCGUCGUUGGGUGUGAUAUAGCAACAACUUCCAGCGGCUAUUUUGUUUGGCUGUGUUUUGCCACCUGAUAAGCUCACUUUUUUUAUGUUGAUCUCUUGGCAACAAAGCAGAUUGAUAAUAAGAUUAUUGAGAGUGGGUUUGUCCUAUUUAUUCAAUGACACUCAGAAGUGGUUCUGUCGUGCAUUUCGCAUAUCAGAAAUAGUCAUGAAUGCAGCUUGCCAACAUUAGUGAGGAGGAAUGCAGCGGUACACUGGUACUGGUGGUGGCAGCGGAGUUGGUAGCAAUGGCAUUGGCGGGGCAUCAUCAAGAGAUAAUACCAGGAUAGAAUCUUCUUAUUCAGCAUCCAGCUUCUCUAACUCAAGGCGACAGUCCCAACUUGCGCCAUAUAAGCUAAAAUGUGAUAGAGAAUCUCUUAAUGGCCGACUUGGUCCCCCUGACUUCUAUCCUCAAACCACAAACUGUCCUGAAGAAACACUAACUAGAGAGUAUCUGCAGUCUGGAUACAAAGAGACAGUUGAAGGAAUUGAGGAAGCUCGAGAAAUUGCAUUAUCUCAAGGUUUCAGCUUCUCAAAACCCGAGUCCAUCUUAAAGUUGAAAGAGCAAUUACGGAAGCGCCUUAGAGCUAUCAACGAAUCUCGUUCUCAAAAACGUAAGGCUGGCCAGGUUUAUGGAGUUCCUCUUUCUGGUCAGCUAUUAACAAAAUCUGGUGUCUUUCCUGAGCAAAAGCCGUGUAAUGAAGAUGGUCGCAGAAAAUGGAUUGAGGCCUUAUCACAACCACAUAAGCAAUUGCAUUCCUUGUCCGACCAUGUUCCUCAUGGUUAUCGACGCAAAGCUCUUUUUGAAGUUCUUAUCCGGCACAAUGUUCCAUUUUUGAGGGCAUCUUGGUUUAUAAAAGUUAACUAUCUCAAUCAGGUGCGACCUUCCUCAAUUAAUGUGUCAUCAGCGGCUCUUGAUAAAGCACAUAUAGCUCGAUCUGAUUUGUGGUCUAAAGAUGUGGUUGAGUACAUGCUGCAGCUCCUGGAUGAAUUUUUUCCUAAAGAUGGUUCUAAUGUGCCUUUUCCCAAUAAGAAUCAAUCAUCACAAAAUUAUAUUGGUGUCCAUUAUGAAACAUCACAAAAAGUUGACUCUUGUUCUACUCCUGAUGCCGACGAACCUUCUCUACAUUUCAAAUGGCAGUAUAUGUGUCGCCUGGUACUGUGGCAUCUUGCAGAAGGUCUAAUGCAUCCUGCUCCUAUUAUUGAGUUCAUUCUCAAUCAGCUUCAGGAAAAGGAAUCACUGGAGGCUUUUGAGUUGCUUUUGCCAUUUAUAUUUGAUGUGAUUGAUAGUGUUGCACUCUCACAGACAUACGUACGCACGGUUGUAGACCUACUUGCCCAAAAAAUACAUGAUCUUUCAUCCAAUUUCUCAAGUUCAAUAAAUACAUCAGAAAAGUUAUCAUUUAUAGAUUCAAUUGUUGAGAUAGUGCGGUACCUGAUGGUUUCUGUACCUGAUACCUUUGUUGCCUUGGAUUGCUUUCCCUUGCCAGCCUGUGUUGUUCCUGAUUUACAUUGUAAAAAUGCAUACCUGAAGUCACCAGAUUCUUUAUAUAAUAAGCAGUUUGAUACUCGGGAUGCAUAUCUUCGUUAUUUGUCAUGUGGUUACAUUAUCUCCUCUGUCCACAAACGUGCUUCAAAUCUUUCAAAGAUUGUAAACCCAAGCCUUCAAGCUCAUGGAGCUGCCAAGGUUUUACAGGUUCUGGAUAGAGCUUUGAUAACUGGAAAUAUAAUGAUUGCUUAUACUUCUCUAUUUGAAGAUUUGUUAGAUACAGUUGUUGAAGAAAGAUGGAUUGCAGAAAUAAGUCCUCCAUUGCGAUCUUCCUUAAAAUGGAUUGGGACCAUUACUUGGUCUUUUAUUUGUUCUGUAUUCUUUUUAUGUGAAUGGGCCACAUGUAAUUAUCGCGAUUGUCGUACUUCCAUGCCUCGCCAUGUCAAAUUUUCUGGAAGAAAAGAUUUUUCACAGAUAUAUUUUGCAGUAUCAAUUUUGAAGCUUAAGAUGGAAGACUUGCUCAACUCAAAUCAAUGCCGGGAGAGAAAAUUUUCAGUUGGCCUAUGUGGGAAAAACAGCUCUGAGCAAGAUACUUUGUUAGGCGGGACAGUGGUGGAAAAUGUCUGUGUUGCUAGAAAUAAUUCAAAGGCAUUACCUGAUAGGAAGAAUAAAAAAGGCAUAUUUGAAAGUCCUGGCCCAUUGCAUGACAUUCUUGUUUGCUGGCUGGAUCAACAUGAAAUAGGGAAGGCAGGAAGCUUCAAGGAUGUUGAACUUUUUCUUUUGGAACUUAUUCGGAAUGGGAUAUUCUAUCCUCAUGCUUAUGUAAGGCAGUUAAUUGUGAGUGGGAUAAUGGACAAGGAUGAUAAUUUGUUGGACUUGGAAAGACAACAAAGACACCGAAGAAUUCUGCAGCAACUUCCUGGAUAUUGUUUGUUUAAUAUUUUAGAAGAAGCAAGAAUUGUUAAUAUCCCAUUCUUAAGUGAAAUUUCUCAUGCCUACUCAAAUGAACGUCGACUAGUUCUUCAAGGACGUCUGUGCAGUAAAUCCAAUGAGCUAACCAUUAGAGAUGAUGUUGGUUCAACUUUUUCAUUGCAAAAUGAUACAGAUUAUUCAACUGGUGCUCCAGAGAGUCAUCAUGCUAAGAUAGACCGAGUUACACAGCUGAAAAUUUUAAUUUCAAAUUUUCUGCGGUUUCCUCUUCCUUAUACCAUGCCAAUGGUAUCUCCUGAUGAAUCAAAUGGAAUUUCAAAAAGGAUAUCUGGUUCUUUGGAAAGCAAAGUUGAUACCGCUGAAGAGAAAAUUGGCUGUGAUGAAUGCAGGAAAGAGAAACGGCAAAAGCUUACUGAUGAUAGAACCUCUAUCCUGCAAGGGUUUUCAUCACAUCACUCAGACGAUGAAGGUAAUUGGUGGGUAAAGAAGGGACCUAAAUCCCAAGAAUCUUUCAAGGUUGAACAUCCACCUAAGCUAAUUAAAAAUACCUCAAGAGGUAGGCAAAAGAUUGUGCGUAAAACACAGUCUUUGGCACAGUUAGCAUCUACGCGAAUUGAAAGUAGUCAGGGAGCAUCUACUAGCCAUGUAUGUGACAACAAAAUUGGUUGUCCCCACCAUCAUUCUGGUCCUGAUGCAGAAGCUCCAAAAGAUGCCAGUAGGAUAAUAUCAGGAAUCCAAAGUGAUAUUUGUAAGGCACUGAAGCAAUUAAGAUUGCUUGAGAGAAGAUCUAUCUCAAUUUGGUUAUUGAAGUCAAUUAGGCAACUUAUUGAAGAAAAUGAAAAAGCUCCUUCUAAAGUGAGCAAUUGUUCUGAUGUUUUCUCUGUAUCACCUGAUGACCGAGGUUCUUCAAGAUGGAAACUAGGCGAAGAUGAAUUUUUGUUCAUUAUUUAUAUAUUCGAUAUUUCUUGUGAUUUAGUUUCAGCAGUAAGGUUUUUGAUAUUGUUGUUACCUAAAGUAAUAUCUAGAUCAAGUACUGUCAUGCAUGGUGCAAGGAACUCCAUGUUACCAAAAAAUAGAGAAGGUCAAGUUUGCCAGAUUGGGGAAACCAUUCUAUUCUCAUCCCUGCAGAGUUUUAUUGAAGAAUCUAUGGAGGCACACUCCAGGGCUUACAUCUUCAAGUUUGUGGAAAAAAUCAUCAAUGAAAAUGACCAUCAAUCUGUUGUUCAAGUAGUGCCGGAUAAUGCGACAAAUAAUAUGGUGUUCUAG